UCUCCCCGUCCUCCUCACACUCCUCCCACCGCCACCGCCACCGCCACCGCCACCUCCAGACCAGAGCCAGCGCCACCGCUUCCACACGAGAAGGGCCGCUCGAUCGUAGAACAGGCGGCAAUGGCGACGUCGCGGGCGGACGUGGAGAGGGGCGGGUCGUCGUCGCCGAGGAAGCAGCAGCAGGAGAAGGGCAAGGUGCCGACGCCGCUGUACCCGCAGCACGAGGGGGAGCGGGAGUGGACGCCCUGGCUGGUGCCCUCCAUCCUGGUCGCCAACAUCACCGUCUUCACCAUCGCCAUGUACUACAACAACUGCCCCGCCCACAACGCCAAGCCGGGCCGCGACGGCCAGUGCGUCGCCGGCUUCCUCCACCGCUUCUCCUUCCAGCCCCUCCGCCAGAACCCGCUCCUCGGCCCCUCCUCCGCAACGCUGGUGAAGAUGGGCGCGCUGGUGUGGGACAAGGUGGUGCACGGGCACCAGGGGUGGCGCCUCUUCUCCUGCAUGUGGAUGCACGCCGGCGUCCUCCACCUCGUCGCCAACAUGCUCAGCCUCCUCUUCGUCGGCCUCCGCCUCGAGCAGCAGUUCGGAUACGUGCGGAUCGGCGCGAUCUACCUCAUCUCCGGCGUGGGCGGGAGCGUGCUGUCGUCGCUCUUCAUCCGGAGCGCCAUCUCGGUGGGUGCCUCGGGGGCGCUCUUCGGGCUGCUGGGGGCGAUGCUGGCGGAGCUGCUGUCCAACUGGACCAUCUACACCAACAAGGUGGCGGCGGUGACCACGCUGCUCUUCGUCAUCGCCGUCAACCUGGUGCUGGGCAUCCUGCCGCACGUCAACAACUUCGCCCACAUCGGCGGGUUCCUCACGGGGUUCCUCCUCGGCUUCGUGCUGCUCAUGCGCCCGCACUUCGGGUGGAUGGAGCGCUACCGCCUCCCCGCCGGCAGCCCCUGCACCGCCAGGAAGUACCUCCCCUACCAGUGGGCGCUCAUGGCCGCCGCCCUCGCCCUCGCCGUCGCAGGAUUCGCGAUCGGGCUGGCCAUGGUGUUCCGCGGCGCCAACGCCAACAGCAGCUGCGGCUGGUGCCACUACCUCAGCUGCGUCCCCACCAAGAGCUGGACCUGCGCCAACUGAUGACCAGCACCACCACCAACGCGCACCAACACACACACACGAGAAUUCCAGCAGAGAGCGCUUUCCCCGUCGUCAUGAAUUCUUCAAGCCCCACAACACAUUGUCCGGUUCAUAUUUGUAGAUAGAGAUCAAGGGAGGGAAGGAAAGGGGCUGCGGCCUCGGCCUGAUUGGUUAGGCGCACACACACAGACAAGGCUCGUUGGGGUCUUUUAUCUCUUGUCCAUUUGAUUUAUUCUUUUGUAAUGUAUGACGAAUGAAGAUUAUUUUGAGAAUCGUC